CCAGUACCGCCUCACCCAUAUCCCUCCUCACCUCACAUCCAUCCACCCAUCUGAUCCGCUGACGCCUCACACUCCUCUCUCCCCAUCACUGUCAUGUCCUUAGCUCGCUUGAUUGGUUCCAACUCUUCUCUUCUUAUUCCAUGGACAUAGUAUCUCCUCUCCAGUAGUGAUAUUCCAGCAGUCCAUUUCACCAUCCUCAUCUCGGCUCUUUCCAGCAGUCCCUCCUCUUUCCUCUUAAGUGUCCAAGUUUCUGGCCCCGUCAUCAUCCCAUAGAGGAUUAGAAUUUGUGCAGAUGGCAGAGGAAAAAUCGUCUCAUAGUCAUCUCAUUUCAUCGACGUGCUUUCCGUGCAUUUCAGUCAGGGAUAUUAAAACACAGGUAUAAUUUGAAGUACAACUUAUUGUGAUUCUUUAUAUGGUAUGAUCUUUAAAAGUAAGAGAAGUCGAUGGUGGUUUAAACUUAACUUUUUCAGAUAUCAAGGUGACAGAAACAAUUCCAACACCAGUAUUUACGUCUACGACGAUUACAACUGAGGUAACAACUGAAGUGAUAAGUGAAGUGACAACUGAAGUGACAACUGGCGUGACAACUGAAAGAGUGCCAACUACGAGGCCGGAAAUGCCUUGCACAUCAGCGGACGGGACCGUGUACCACCUGUAUGAAAACUGGUUCGAGGACUGCCAACGCUGUUAUUGCGAAUACAGUUUAUUGGGAUAACCGCAUCGUUAAGAAUUGUUACAAAAGUGUUUGGGAUUACUACUGUUCCCCAAAACCUCACAGAGAUUGUGUCGUCGUUGGAACCUACAAUUCGGGAUGCUGCGAUGAAUAUUUUUGUGACAAUACAACAUGCAGAUCGGACAGGGGUCAGUACUACGCCAUUGGCACACCUGGAGCCCAGCCUACGAGCCUUGCAAGAAGUGCACCUGUCAGGCAGACGGAGACGCCACCAAAAACGAAUGUAUCGCCAGAAACUGCCCCGAUCCACCAGAUUCCAAUUGCCGGCCACUCACCCUGCAGUUCCAGUGCUGUCCUUACGACUGGGAUUGCUCCGACUCAUACUUAAUCACGACGCCAAGGAAAUGGGUCAGAGGGCAGGAAGCGUCCGUCUGCAUCUUCCUCAUCGGCUCACCAGACAUCACAUUGAAUUUCUCGCUCAAAGACAAUUCGGAGGUUGUGUCCCAGGUCACCCUAGAACAAACGGCUGCAAGCGGAUACCACUGUGUGAAUGUGACAGUUCCCAGCAGCACUGGGUAUAAUUCUGUGCUUGAAAUUUCUGGAGAAAUAAACACUGCGUCCAUCUCCGAAAAACGCGACCUGAUUCUUGUGUCCCUCACGCAGACUUUUAUCCAAACCGACAAAUAUCUGUACAUGCCGGAGUUAGUGCAGUUCCGCAUCCUGACCAUUACUGGAACAAGAGCUCUCGUUUCUUAUGAAGACAUUCCAGAGAUAUGGAUCAAAUCGCCUAGUGGCAGAAGGUUGACGCAGUGGAAAAACACCCCCAAUCCAGUUGGACUGCUGCAGUUGGACUUCCAGUUAGCUGAGGAGGUGGAAGAGGGCACUUACCAGAUUUUCGUGAGAACCGAAGAGACAAGAGCAUCGCAGAGUUUCAAAGUGGAAGAAUAUGUGUUGCCAAGAUUCAGCCUCACCAUUCAGCCACCCCCUUAUGUCUUGGCAACCGACACAGAAGUCGUUUUCUCUGUAUGCGCCAAGUACACCUAUGGUCAGCCUGUUAAGGGGACUCUUAAGCUGUCUUUGACCAGGCCCUAUUAUUAUUAUUACUACUACUACAAUCAACCAACGUUUGUAUAUGUGGAGAAGACACUCAGCGGUUGUGAUGAAGUCAGUGUAGCAACGGUUAACAUUGGUUACGUCGGAUAUCAAAUAGAAGUGAAAGGUUCUUUUGUCGAAGAGGGAACAGGCAACGUCGCGAAUGCCACAGCUUCUGUGGAAGUGCAAUACGCAUCUUCCAUUUUAGAAACCAUCACCCCUGAAGAAAACGUGAAACCGGGACUGCCGUUUAACUUCAGAGUGAAGGUGACUAAACCAGGUUCUUCGACGCCCGAGGGCGUAAUUGUUUCAGUAUGUGGGGGCUAUGGCAAUCCUUGUAAAGACUACUCAGCAGAUGAAUCCGGAAUCAUCAACGCCUUCAUUCCUUCUCACCUUUUUGUUGACUCCUCAUAUUCCUAUAUUUGGGCACAGACCCCCAAUGGAUAUCAGCAAGGCAAUCUGGGUUGGCUAUAUCCUAGUUCCACCAGUGCGUCCCCAUCAAAAUUCUUUUCUGCGUCUCAGUCCAGUCUUAGCCUGGGGUUGCUGCCUAAGUCACACAAAUGUUCACCUGGUGGAGACACCAUCACAAUCCCCGUGAUGUUUGUGGCUAACGAUACUUCUUCCAUCAUUCUGCACAUCCAGGUGUUAUCAAGAAGUCAGAUCACGUACACCAGCGAAGAAGUCCACGACUUGACUCCAAAUGACCUCCCAAUCAGUGAGUCAGAUCUUCUGGAGCCUUUGCAACCACUCAGUGACAGCAGCCUCAUCAGAGGAUACUUCAACAUUGACAUCCCCUUAGGGCCAUUGACUUCACCUCAUCUUAAGGAAGAACCCCAAUCCUCUCACACAGGUCCUGAUAGGAUAUGGUACUCCCGCAGCGAUGGGAUGGUGGAUGAAAGCGUUGAACUGCUCUCUGGAGGUCAGCGAGGAACCCCGACACUUGGAACAAUAUUCCAGCUGUUCGAAGCAGCAGAAGUUAACCAGUGGGAAAACUCACAAGUCAAUGAUUAUCUUUAUUGCAAUGGCAAUAACGAAAACUCUGUUAUCGAUUACGACUAUGGCGCGGAGGUGCCUGCAGGAAGUCGAAGAAGAAAGCCCAAUGGAUACACUAACAUGCAAGAUGCCUUGAAAUCUUUUGACGUGGCUGGGGUGUACGUUAUAAGCGAUCUGACUCUGGAGACAAGGCCCUGUUAUUACUCUUUUACUUACUACUAUGAUUAUGGAUUUAAUGAUUAUGGCGCUGCAGGGAUGACCACCUCGGGUGACUAUGGUAAUCUCCCCAGUACAACAGAAGCUACGGCAUCUUUCGCACCAAUCACAGAACCUGCCUAUACCACAAGUGGGUAUGUGGAUAUAGUCCCUAAUCCGGAAAAAGUCGAACUCGAGAGGACCUACUUCCCUGAAACGUGGCUCUGGGAAAUCGUUGUCAUUAGCGAGAGUGGCGAGACGGUGAAGGAGGUCGAACUUCCGGACACUGUGACGACGUGGGUGGGCGAGGCCAUCUGCCUCCAUCCAGAGUUGGGCAUCGGACUGAGCCCCAAGUCCUCCAUCACCUCCUUCGUGCCCUUCUUCCUAGACCUCAGUCACCCAGCCACCGCCCGCAGGAACGAGAAGGUCCCCGUCCUGGUCUCUGUCUUCAAUUACCUGACCACAAGUCUGCCUGUGACCGUUGAGUUGCUGCCAAGCGCCGAUUACACGUCUCCGACUUAUUCGAUGAAGUCCUGUGUCUCCGGUAACGGGAAGGAAGUGGUGCAGUUCCUGGUGGUGCCUCUGGAGGCCGGGGACGUCAACCUCACCUUCAGUGCCUCCAUCGACACUGACGGCGGAAGUUGCGGCGGGACAAUUGACGUCGAAAGGAGCGACACCGUCAUUCGCCCUUUGAAAGUGAAAUUCGAAGGAAUAACUAAAGCAUCGACACAUGGACAAUACUUCUGUGGCAAUGACAGCGCCUUUACGUGGUCCGUCGAGAGUUAUCCUGGGACUGUCAAUGGCUCAGAUAAAAUUUACAUCUCUGCUUCCGCUGACCUCCUAGGACCGACCCUUGAGAACCUGGGUAACCUGAUCCGAAUGCCUUAUGGCUGUGAACAAAAUAUGCUGAACUUUGCCCCAAACAUAUACGUGAUGCAGUACCUGGCAUCGUCAGGUCAGCUCACUCCCAGCGUCGAGGAUCAACUUCUGAACUACAUGAAAACAGGUAAGGAACUCCUUUUGUUAGUGAGGGCUCCCAGAGAGCUGCGCUACCAGCACUAUGACGGAUCCUUCAGCGCCUUUGGUAAUUCGGACGCCUCAGGAUCCACUUGGCUCACAGCAUUCGUGCUGAAGUCCUUCAGUCAGGCUGAUAGUUACAUCACUGUGGACGAGAAUCUCCUCUUUUCAUCCAAAAACUGGCUGCUGUCCCUCCAAAGCGAAAACGGCUGCUUCCAGUCCGUCGGCUUUGUGAUUCACCCCGCCAUGCAGGGAGGCGUCGAUGGUUCAGAAGCCCCUCUCACAGCCUACGUCCUCAUAUCUCUCCUGGAAGGGAAUCUAACGCAGGACGUCCAGGUCAUAGCAAACGCCGUCGCUUGCAUCACCACAGCCACCACAAGUAGUAGCACAUACAUCAAGGCACUGACAGCAUACGCUCUCUCCUUGGCGGGCGACAGCAACGCUGCUGCUACGCUCAUUUCAGAUGUGUACAACAGUUUGACAUCAGGAAGUCCAGGUCUGUCUCAGGCUCUGACGGUUGAAGCUGCCGCCUACCUCCUUCUGGCCAUGCUGAAUGAAAGUCCAGGAUCAUACGCUGCCUGGGCACUUGAUAUUACUAAGCUUAUAUCAACUUAUCACAAUGGACAGGGAGGCUUCGUCUCGACACAGGACACAGUGGUUGCUCUGCAGUCCUUCGCAGCCUUCAGCGAAGCCUUCCCGCCCACAGGAACAGACCUCACCAUAUCAGUCACUGCUGGAAGUCAGUCGUUUGAUAUCGUCAUAGAUUCAGAGAACGGUCUUGUCCUGCAGACCAGCUACAUCACAGGCGAUCCACCACUUGACGUCACAGUGACUUCGUCUGGGAGUGGAUGCGCUCUUGUCACGGUUACCCACAAAUACAACGUCUAUGAAGAGCCAGAGAGCUCUGCUUUUGCAAUGUCUGUCAAGACAGUCCGAGAAUGGUGUUCCUCUGUCAGUUCCCUGCAAAUUUGUGCUUCCUACGUCAAGGAGGACUCCGUAUCCAACAUGGCUGUGAUGGAGGUCGACCUCCAAACAGGAUACUCGGCAGAUGAGGACGACUUGAGAGGUCUCGUCGUUCAGCAAAUCAUCAAGCGUUAUGAGGACACGGAUGGGGUUGUCUUCUUGUACCUGGAAUCGGUCGGUAGCUCCGAAAUUUGUGUCUCCUUCCGCAUCCGGAGGGACCAUGAAGUCGAAGAUAUCGCGCCUGGCACCGUCACCCUCUACGAUUAUUACACUCCUGAAUUCAGGCUGACUCAGUCAUUCGAAAAUGAAGACCCUGUGAUUCAGGGUGAGGAAUGUCCAUCCACCGCUGUAACAAUAGUGAUAGAUACUUCACGAACUUCUGCCUCUGAUAGAAAUAUCAAUCCUUGA